AUGGAUCUCGCAAUUAAAAAACAGAUGAAUACUGCCGGAUAUAUUGAGCGCUUCUGGGACAAUUUAAUUAAAGUCGGCAAGGACAAAAUGACACGCACGUAUCUCACCACGCGCCUUGAGUUGCUCGAGUCAUAUUGGACGCGCUUCCUGGAUGCGCACGAUGCCAUCCUCUCUUUCGAGAAAAUAGACUCUUCGGAUUAUAUGCGGCAGGACGUUUACGCGGUGACCGAGGAUAAUUACGUAGCCACGAAGUCGCGUAUCACUUCCUUUAUGCCGACGACGAGAUCCGCGGACGGGCAAAGUGCCGCAAGUUCAGUGUUGCGCCAGAUCCAGCUGCCGAAGAUAAGCUUGCCGAGGUUUGACGGCGAUCAGCUAGCCUGGGAAGGCUUCCGAGACCUCUUCAAGUCGCUGGUCCAUGACGUGGAGGGACUCACUCCCUCGCAGAAGCUGCAGUAUCUGAAGGCCAGCCUAAGCGGGGACGCGGAGGCCGCCGUCGCCAAUAUCGAAAUCUCUUCCGACGGAUACGCGCUGGCGUGGGAUGAACUCGUGACGCGCUACGAUAACCGGCGAGUCCUCUUGGCGACUCACAUGCGCGUGCUACUCUCUGCCGCGCCGGUAACCAAGCCGUCAUCAGCGGAAAUCAACCGCCUGAUUAGCGCGGUCAACCGGGCUUCGCGCUCCUUCAGGGCAAUGGGCCGCCCAGUGGAGCACUGGGACGACUGGUUCGUCCAUAUUCUGGUCGAGAAGCUGGAUCCCGCCACCAGGCUAUUAUGGGAAAGCCAUCGAUCGAGUCGGGACUUUCCUAAUUUCGAGGAGCUCAAGGCGUUCCUCCUCACGCGGGCUCAUGCGUUGGAUGCCUCUAAUCUGCGGACGCCGAUGACUUCCAGCUCCGCUUCGAAACAGAAGCGUACGGGCCGCAAGGACGACGUCGCGUCUCACGCCAUGGCCGCGAGUGACCACAAGGGCACGCCGUGCCCCCUGUGCAGGGAGCAACAUCACAUGCGCUCCUGCCCGAGAUUCAAGACAUACUCGACGGAGCAACGCCGCGAGCAAGUGCGCAAAAGGAAGGCCUGCUUCAACUGCUUGGGACAGGGUCACGCCGCCGGAGCUUGCCCUUCAAUUCACCGCUGUCGCCACUGCCAGGAGAAGCAUCAUACGCUUCUGCACACAGAGCCGGAGACGACGCCACAACCUGCCGCUUGGGAAAAAACGGCAUCAGACGACUCCGCCGACAAACUGAGUAACGUGGAGACGUCCAAGGUCUCCGCCUUGACCAGCUCUAUCUCCACCACAGUGCUCCUCGCGACCGCGGUUAUUCGAGUGUUUGGUGAAUCGGGCCGAUCGUUGACAGUGCGCGCUCUCCUGGACUCAGGAUCGGAGGCGUCCUUCAUCUCGGAACGCGUAGCCCAGCAGCUGAGACUACCCCGCCGACGAGUGAACGUGACGGUUUCCGGACUUCAGGGCGCGACGACCGGGCGAGUGACUCACGCAGUAUCGAUGGAGAUCGGCACGGAGCGACCGCCAACAGUACGGAUCACCCUGCCGAAGGCGCUGGUCCUGCCUCGGCUCACCGCCCUCACACCAGGGAAACACAUUCCGAGAGGAGAAUGGCCGCACCUGCGGGGCCUCAUGCUUGCCGACCCGGCCUUCGACAAACCGGCGGCAGUCGACGCCGUCCUAGGCGCCGAUAUCUACGGCGUACUGCUCGACGGAGGAGUCAAGCGUGGACAGCCGGGGGAACCAGCCGCUCACUCUACCGUCUUCGGUUGGGUGCUGAUGGGUUCCCUCAUCGGACCCGCCGAUCCUCUUCCAAGCCGAGUCGCCGUCCACCAUACUACCACGCAGCCUGAUCUUCACCAGGAACUCCGAAGGUUUUGGGAGCUCGAAGAGGUGGCCGCCCAGCCGAUACUCACGCCAGAGGAGUCUCGUUGCGAGCGGCUGUUCGCUGAGACUCACACACGUGAUGCUGAGGGAAGAUACAUCGUGCGGCUCCCUCGCAAGGAGCACCCGACGACGGCUCUUGGGUCUUCUCGCCACGGGGCCUUGCGAAUGCUCCUCAGCACUGAGCGUCGUUUGACGCGCGAUCCGUCGCUCAGGGAGCGAUAUCACGACUUCCUGACGACCUACGCCUCCUGCGGGCACAUGGAACCGGCACCCCGCGGCGAGGCAAUCGGCGAACCAUACUACCUGCCGCACCAUGCGGUGGUGAAGGCGUCAGACCCGGAAGGUAAAAUCAGGGUCGUUUUCAACGCCUCCUUCCGGACCACCACGGGAGUCUCAUUGAACGACGUGCUGAUCCCGGGACCGAAGCUGCAGGCGGACCUAUGGCUGGUCCUCACACGCUGGCGUCUACAUCGAUUCGCCUUCACGACGGACAUCGUGAAGAUGUUCAGACAGAUCCGGGUGCAUCCGCAUGACCUUGACCUUCAGCGGAUCUUAUGGCGGGCGGAUCCGGCGGCGUUGGUGCAAGACUACCGACUCACCACCGUCACCUAUGGCACAGCCCCCGCGCCGUACCUGGCCAUCAGAACCCUGCUACAGCUCGCGCAGGACGAGGGCCAUCGAUUCCCCCUGGGAGCAGCUGUACUCCGGGCCAACACCUACGUGGACGACAUCCUCGCGGGAGCAAACUCGAUGGAGGACGCGCUCGAACUCCAGCGGCAGACUGUGGCCCUCCUCGCUGCCGGCGGCUUUCAACUCAGCAAGUGGGCAGGUACUCACACCGCGUUGUGUCCGGCCGUGGGCAGAGCCGAACGACUCAUCUCUGGAGUGGACAGCGUGGGUGCCCUAGGAGUUCUCUGGGUCCCGGCCAACGACGAGCUUCAUCUUCGAGCAGUCCCCGCGCUGUCGAAGGUCGGGAAUCCAACCAAGCGCACCAUCCUCUCAGCUGUAGCCAAACUUUUUGACCCGGCGGGCUGGGCGGCUCCCGUGAUCAUAGGCGCCAAGAUCCUCAUCCAGGACUUGUGGAUGGCCGGGUUGGAUUGGGACCAAACCAUCCCGCCUCCAUUGCGCGAGCGGUGGUCGCGCAUUCUGACUAUGCUGCCAGACCUGGAUCAGCUCAGCAUUCCGCGGUGGACAGGGACCUCGAACGAGCGCCUCGUGGAGCUCCACGGCUUCUCCGAUGCCUCGGAAAGAGCGUACGCCGCUGCGGUGUACAUCCGGGGUGUUGACUCCAACGGCAUCCUGGUCUCCAACCUUUUGGUCGCGAAAACCAAAGUGGCCCCUGUGAAGCCAGUUUCUAUGCCGCGACUGGAGCUGUGCGGUGCCCUGUUGACAGCACGCCUACUCCGGAACACCAGCGCUGGCCUAGGGGUGCCUCUCUCGCACCUAUACGCCUGGACGGACGCCAAGGUCGUGUUGGCAUGGCUGCGGGCUCAUCCUUCCCGCUGGAAGCCAUUCGUCGCCCAUCGGGUUGCUGCGCUCCAAGAGACGGUGCCAGCCGAGCGCUGGCAUUACGUCCCCACUUCAGAAAACCCGGCGGACGCUGCCACGCGAGGAUUGACCCCGAUCGAGCUGUCGCAACUUCGCUUGUGGUGGAAAGGACCGGGCUGGCUGGAACGACCCAAGGACACCUGGCCGGCGGACCGGGGUCAAGACAUGGAGCUGUCAGAGGAGUGCCGAGCGCACGCGACAGCUACCGACGGAGGCGAGGGAGCGGUCAAUGACCUUUUGUUACGCUUCUCCUCCCUUACCCGGUUGGUACGCAUCACCGCAUUCUGCCGUAGGUUACUUCACCGCGGGGCCCGACCGAGAACGACUCACCUGACCACCGCCGAACUGAACGACUGCAGGCUCAGUUGGCUGCGGAUUGCGCAGGGACAGGACUUUGCGGGAGAGCUGGAGGCCCUCUCGCGCAAUGCGCCCCUCCCGCGCCGAUCACAUCUCCUGGCGCUCAGACCCAUCCUAGGACGGGAUGGACUGAUACGAGUCGGGGGGCGACUUGAACACUCGCCCCUGGCCUACAGCGAGAAGCACCCGAUCAUACUGGCCAAGGGCAAUCACUUGGCACUGCUGCUGGUCCGAGAGGCGCAUCUGCGCACUCUUCAUGGCGGACAUCAGUUGACUCGAAGCGUCCUGGCACGGACAUACUGGAUUAUUCACGCCAGUUCGCUGAUCCGCUCCGAGAUUCACCGCUGCGUCCGAUGCGCCCGCUUCAGAGGCGAAACGCUACAGCAGCAGAUGGGUCAGCUCCCGGCUGAUCGCGUCCGGACAGGACGUCCCUUCAUAUCCGCCGGCGUGGACUACGCAGGCCCUAUCCAGCUACGAGCCUCGAAGGGUCGAGGUCAAAAAUCCUUCAAAGGAUACAUCUGUUUAUUCGUAUGCCUGUCCACGAAAGCCGUGCAUUUGGAGGCCGUAUCAGACCUCACCACGGAAGCAUUUCUGGCGGCAUUCCGGCGCUUCGUUGCACGGCGAGGCCACUGCGCACGUCUGGUCAGCGACCACGGAACCAACUUCCGAGGCGCCGAUAGGGAGCUCCGCAAGAUGUUUCGAGCAGCAGCGGAAUUCGGCCAGGAGUGUCAAGCCCUCCUCGCCACCGAUGGGGUCGAGUGGAACUUCAUUCCCCCCGCGGCUCCGCACUUCGGGGGGCUAUGGGAGGCAGGUGUCAAAUCGACCAAGCACCACCUACGAAGAGUACUGGGGGACCAGCUUCUCACCUACGAGGAACUCUCGACGCUGCUCUGCCAGAUCGAAGCCUGCCUCAACUCGAGGCCACUCUACCCACUGAGCGCGGAUCCGACGGAUUUUGCGGCGCUCAACCUUUUAAUCGGGGAAGCUCCGAUUAACGUGCCAGAGCCAACCACCUUGGAUCCGCCGAAUCAGGUACAAACGCGAUGGCGACUUCUAACUAACAUGCGUGACCAUUUUUGGUACAGGUGGUCCCGAGAAUAUCUGCAGCACCUUCAGCAGCUGGGCAAAUGGAGGGACUGCAAGGCCAACCUCCAGCCAGGGACCUUGGUUCUGCUGAAGGACGAGCUGCGGCCGCCAUCAAAGUGGGCCCUUGGGCGAGUUCACGCGGUGCAUCCAGGGGUCGACGGCCUAGUUCGCGUUGUCAGCAUCGACACGGCCACCUCCCGGCUCACGCGGCCGAUCACGAAGAUCUGCACCUCUAAUCCACAGGACCCCUGGGCCUCGAGCGAGCGUCGUACGGCGGGCGGCGAGGGUUUCUAUUUCGUCCCCUGGACGAGGCGGGCGGAAUGUUGGAGUGUCGGCAGAACUCCGCUGGCACUACAGACGACGUUGGCACGAUGA